CCGAUUUCGUUCUAAAAUGUAAUCGAAAGUCAUUUUAUAGUUUAUUUUACGUGUGAGUAGUCGUCAAGAUGCAAUCCUGAAGAAUGGUACGUGAAGUGGUAUUGUUGGUGCUGCUGCACGCGUAUUGGAUUACUACUUGUGAGAGUUUUUCUGUGUCGAAAAAAGUAGAGGCCGAUAUUCGCAUGGCUUUACUCUCGGAAAAAAGUGUGCAGUUUUGUGGUGCACGACUCGCCACUGCGGUUGCAAUUGUUUGCCAGGGUCGGUAUAAUACACUAAUACCACCUGCGCCAACACCGCCAUCUAUAAAAUCAGCGCGUGUAAGACGUUCUUCGCAUGUUUAUUUACUUUUUCCGCCUGGAUUAAUUAGGAAUAAGCGUGGAAUUGUGGCUGAAUGUUGUCGAGAGGCGUGUUCACUUGAACAUUUAGAGAAAUACUGUGCUGGAUGA